AGAAACUUCAAUAGCUGCGUUCAUAGCAUUCUCAACAAAACAGUCUAUAAGCUUCCACCGCGACUCUGCCGCCACAUCCCUACUCCCGCUUCCACCGCCUCCCUGACAAUGAGUGAGUUAAAGGAAGAUGAUACAGUUAUGUCAACAGUUCAUUCCACAGUCUUCAAAGAAUCAGAAAAUCUUGAUGGAAAGUGUCUUAAAAUUGAAGGUUAUGACUUCAACCGCGGUGUUGAUUAUGAUCAGCUUCUCGAAUCAAUGCUCACUACUGGAUUUCAAGCUUCCAACCUCGGUGAUGCCAUUGAAACCGUUAAUCAAAUGCUUGAUUGGAGGUUGUUUGAUGAACUUGUUGCCGAGGAUUGUAAUGACGAAAAAGAGAGAGAUUUGGAUUACCAGAAAUCUGUUACAUGUAAAGUGUUUUUGGGUUUCACUUCUAAUCUCAUAUCUUCUGGUGUUAGAGAGCAUGUUCGCUUCCUUUGUCAGCAUCACAUGGUUCAUGUAAUUGUUACAACUACAGGUGGUAUUGAAGAAGAUCUUAUAAAGUGCCUUGCACCAACAUAUAAAGGAGAUUUCUCUUUGCCUGGAGCUCAUCUUCGCUCAAAAGGAUUGAAUCGAAUCGGUAAUUUAUUGGUCCCUAAUGACAAUUAUUGCAAAUUCGAGGACUGGAUUAUUCCUAUUUUUAAUCAAAUGUUGAAGGAACAGAAUAAUGAGAAAGUGUUGUGGACACCAUCCAAGUUAAUUGCUCGAUUGGGAAAAGAAAUUAACAAUGAAAAAUCCUAUCUUUAUUGGGCAUACAAGAACAAUAUUCCAGUUUAUUGUCCAGGAUUAACCGAUGGCUCAUUGGGUGAUAUGUUGUACUUCCAUUCCGUCCGCAACGACCCUGGUCUGAUCGUGGACAUAGUACAAGAUAUAAGGGCCAUGAACGGUGAAGCCGUAAAAGCAACUCCUAGGAAGACAGGCAUGAUUAUUUUAGGAGGCGGUAUUCCAAAACAUCACAUUUGCAAUGCCAAUAUGAUGCGCAAUGGUGCAGACUAUGCAGUUUUUAUUAACACUGCACAAGAAUUUGAUGGAAGUGAUUCUGGAGCUCGUCCAGAUGAAGCUGUUUCGUGGGGGAAAAUACGAAGUUCUGCAAAAACCGUUAAGGUCCAUUGCGAUGCAACGAUAGCAUUCCCUCUGCUGGUUGCUAAAACAUUUGCCUCAAGAAUGAAACCUCUUCAUUGAUGAAGGUUCACCGUCCAAGUUUAUUUGAAAUGCAUUGUGUUUGAGGAUCUUGAUGGACCAGUUUGCCACAGACACUUAAUUUGACCAUUUUUUUACCAUUCAGAAGUAAUUCAUUAGUCUUGAAGGCAUCGAGAGUUAUGAAUUGGUGAUGUAAUUGUUUAUCCGGUUAACAGGUAAGACAUUUGAAAAAAUAGAUGAGGUGGACCAAUCAAUGAGAGUGUGUUAGUGGGAGUGUGUGUGAGAGUGUGUCCCUAGCAUUGCUCUUUUCAUAAAGUUAACCAAGUCCUAUGUCAAAUCAACCUUUUGACUUUCAAAUUUCAAAUCUAACAUUUUUCCCUAUCACAUUUUCUCAUCUUUCUUUUGUUCAAGUGAAAGACAAAUGGAGCACUAUCAAAGAUGGGAAAGAGUAUUUGGAAGAAUUCAUAUCUGCUCCAUUUGGAAGAGCACUUUCAAAGAUGGGAAAUGAUUGUUGUUGACUCAAAUGUAAGUUUCUAAGUAAAUGACUUUUAGUAGAACUCAAUGUUAGACCAUGUUAUGCUGUCAACUAUAUGUUUAUACUAUUUUAACAAAGUAUAUGGAAUAAAAUUGCUAUUGUAUGCUCUGAUGGAUAUUAAAGCCAAAAUAUAUUUUUUUAUGGUUGAACAUGUAAAAAUAAUUCACGAAUAUUUGUAACUAAUAGAGAGCUAAAAACAUUAUAGAACAUACUUUGUUCAAGUUUAAGUAAGAGAUUUAAAGACCGACAAAUGAUAGUCAUUGUAUCAAAAAAUAUGUUCUAUAAUUUCAGGGAGAUGAUAUUUUCAUCAUUGUUUCAAAUGAGUUGAAACUGAAAUUUGGAAAGGAGAUCCCUAUGAACAAUUCAAAGCCUAUUCUCACUGAGACAACAUGUUUACUCUUAUUGUGUGUAUGACAAAAGAAAUUCCAACUAAUGGAGAUGUUAAAUUCAUAGAGUUGAUGUAGGUAGAAUGUUAUGUUUUGGUAUGACAAAAGAAACUUUCAAGUAGUAACUUUAUUCUAAAGCUU